CAUUUCCUCUUCAGUAUGCUCCGGCUGGUGCAAUCUCAUAUUCGUGCAAUGGUGUGCUUGUCAGGUUUCAACAUUAGCACUGUAUGAUUUAUUAUGGGAGCAGGAUGCAAAACUAGCACUGCCUCUAACUUCCCUCGCUCUAGUGGUGACUGCAGAAGACCACGUCCAGUCUGCUCCCGUAAGGCUGUAUCUUCAAUAUGAUGGCAAACAUCACGUCUCCCAACGUGAGCCUCUCCAGCACAACCAGCAGUGGCCUUGGAACUGGCAAUAUCAUUGGUAUCACCAUACUGGUUGUGGCCUUCGUAUUUGGCUUCCCCGGCAACCUAUUUGUGGUAUGGACAAUUAUGUGCCGCAUUACUCGCCGUUCAGUCACCUGCCUGAUGGUUCUGAACCUGUCAAUAGCUGAUGCUCUGCUGCUCCUCACUGCUCCCCUUUUUAUGCGAUUUUUGGCAGCUGGCACUUGGGAAUUUGGACCAGUUGUCUGCAAGUUGAUCCAUUACCUUGGUUGUGUCAAUAUGUACGCUUCAAUUUUCCUCAUUUGUAUCAUGAGCCUGGACCGUUAUGUAGCUGUGAACUGGCCUGUAAUCUCACAGCAACUCCGAACAAAGAAGUCCAUGAUGAAAAUACUGCUGGGCCUUUGGAGUUUGGCUUUUCUCUUUGCCUUACCCAUGCUAUUUUAUCGCAAGGAUCUUCAGCCAUACCUAAACAAAGGCCUCACUAUUUAUAUUUGCAUGCCUUAUCACCCUUCCAGCAAUCACAAAAUCUUCCAGUAUCUGAUGGAGUCCAUUUCUGGUUUUUUCUUACCUUUCAUCCUCAUUGUAUUCUGCUAUACUAAUGUAGGCCGCAAGCUACAAGACGCCAGAUUUAAGAAGAGACAGAGGACAAGCAGACUGAUUCUGAUCAUUGUUGUGGCUUUCACAGUUUUUUGGCUGCCCUACCACAUUGUCAACAUGAUGCUAGUGUCGGGAAUUUUGAACAACUCAACAAGGAUUUUGAAAGCCGCUCAGACCAUGAAGCCUAACGUGACAGCCUUUGCUUUCUUAAGCAGCAGCAUUAAUCCAAUCCUCUACGUCUUUGCUGGGAGCUCCUUUAUUCGCUCUGCUGGUGUGAACUUCAUGGCGAAAUUGUUUGUGGCCACUAAUUCUGAUGGAUCAUCACGGGGUUUUUCACGCACUACCAAGAUCAGCCGCAAUGACUCAGUUGAAAUGACCAAAAUACCAGAUACUAAUUCAAUCAAAGACAAGACUUGUGGAAAACUCAUGCUCUCCUAAUGUCUUCAACAUCCUCUUUUCAGGCAAGUUUAUAUUUUAGGCACAUGUAGGGCAUGAACAACAGAGCUGAGAAAGACAGUGAACCUGAUGCUGUAUUGUAGAACUAACUUUGCUACCCACCUGAGAUAGGUUGAAACCUAAGUAAUCAACUUAUGUAGCCCUCAUUGUUAAUGUUUUCAGGACACCAUGUAAUGCAUACGUCUCUGUUAUAUGCUAUUUAGUAUAAGGACACCCAGACAGACGCACAGGCUCUUAUUCUAUCAUUAAGAUGGAUACCCUCCCAGUGGUAGUUUAGAAGACACAAAUCUACUACUCAUUUAGUUUAAGUCCAAUAGAUAAACAUUCACCUCAGAAUCCAUGGGUUCUAGACUGGUGUCACUGUGUGGGGAUGCGAAAUGCAGAAGAAGAUCAUAAGUGGUUUGUGCUGGUGACAUUAUGUUGUCUACAAGAUAAAGAAGCAGUUUGUUUUUAUAGAAAUAAGAGGUCCUAUUUUUCAUUUAUGAAAUAAAUGUGAAGCAAAAAACCAGUCACUUUUUUGACACUUUACUUUCUCCCAUUCAAAUACCACAUGCAAUAUGAAGACUUUUCUGUUUUUCUGAUGUGAUGUUAAUUUCACACAUUUUAAAUUUAAAUCAUAAGCAGUAGGGUGGGGUUGGAACUAGUGGCGUUGCCUAUCAAUUCCAUGUAGGGUUAGAAUCCUGGCCAGUCACUCUCUCUUUGGAGUUUGCAUGUUCUUCCUGUGUCUGGAUGGGGUUUUCUUUCACGCACUUUCAGAAGAUGGGAGGCACGAUGGCACA